AUGGCCGCGGCGGCCGAGGCCGGCGGCAGCAGCAGCAGCCGCCACGAGAAGAGCCUGGGGCUGCUGACCACCAAGUUCGUGUCGCUGCUGCAGGAGGCCAAGGACGGCGUGCUAGACCUCAAAGCGGCUGCUGAUACCCUGGCUGUGAGGCAAAAGAGAAGGAUCUAUGAUAUCACCAACGUUUUGGAAGGGAUCGAUCUCAUUGAGAAGAAGUCAAAAAACAGCAUUCAGUGGAAAGGAGUAGGUGCUGGUUGCAAUACAAAAGAAGUCAUAGACAGACUGAGAUACCUAGAAGCUGAAAUUGAAGAUCUGGAGCUAAAAGAAAAAGAAUUGGAUCAGCAGAAACUUUGGCUUCAACAAAGUAUCAAGAAUGUCAUGGAUGACUCUACAAACCACCAGUUUUCAUAUGUCACCCAUGAAGAUAUCUGCAACUGCUUCAAUGGAGACACACUUCUAGCAAUUCAAGCACCUUGUGGUACACAGUUAGAAGUACCUAUACCUGAAAUGGGACAGAAUGGACAGAAGAAAUACCAGAUCAAUCUUAAAAGUAGUUCAGGACCUAUCCAUGUGCUGCUUAUUAAUAAGGAAUCAAGCUCCUCCAAGCCUGUGGUGCUUUCCGUUCCUCCACCUGAUGACCUUGCACAGCCCACAUCUCAACCUGCAGCUGCAGCAACUCCCCUUAAACCUGCUACAGCUCCUCAAAGUCCAGCAGAACAACACGAUCUGAAGCAAGGACAAGAGUUACCGCAAACAUCGGAUGCGGACACACCAUCAGAGGGCUGUGUGCAGCAGAGCAGUACCACCUCAGCAGCUCCUUACUCCAACCUUCCAGAGCCCGUGCUAUACCCCAGCCUUGCAGGGGAUGUCGCCCAAGGUACAGCUAGCUCCAACGACUACCAGGGCUUGCUGCCCCUGGAUGUUAACUGUAUUCUCAAGCCAAACUCAUUCGACAUAGCCAAGAUGGAGGAGCCCACAGGGAACAUCAGUGGGGAUAUCAUUGAUGAACUCAUGUCUUCUGAUGUUUUCCCUCUCUUACGACUCUCUCCUACUCCCGGAGAUGACUACAACUUUAACCUGGAUGAUAAUGAAGGAGUCUGUGAUCUCUUUGAUGUGCAGAUACUAAAUUAUUAGAUAUUGUGUCAACCAGACUACUUAUCUACCUCUAACUAUAACAUUCUAGACUUCUUCAUAACCUAAGUAUUCGAAUAAUGAAUGUAUAACUUCUUAGUUCACUGACUCUGGGAGUAUAUUUCCUUUUGCUUCCUUUACUUCACAAAACAAAUUCAACAACCAGAAAAAAGGGCUUCUAUGAAAAAUUCUGGCAUGUUUUUUUUCACCAGAGUGUUAUCUGUGUAAUCCAGUUAUUUGGAGUUUUCUUAAGUAAGAAAAGUGAAAACGCUUUAUAGCCUUUUGAUCAUUUUUAAAGAAAUGAUUAGGCUGCUUGCUCAGUUAACAGCAUUUUCUUCAAAGCUUUACUGCCAAGAAGCUUUCUAAUAUUUUAAACCUUUCAAUCAGUUUUGAAGCUUUCACUGCCAAGCUGAAGAGUGAAGGGUAUCAACUCGAGUUAUGAUAAGUUGUUUCAGUGAACCAAUUUUGUGAAGUGCCUUCUGUUUUAGCACUUUAAGUUUCUCACACUGACUUCUGACAUUCCACUUUCCUAGAGGAUAGGAAAGGUCUGUUUGUAGUUUGUAUUAA